UUUAAUAUUAAAUGCAUAGAGAUUACUUUCUUUAUAUUCAUAAAAUAACUUUUGGGAUUUCCCGUAACGUUAUUUAAGUGAGAAAGACGUGCAUCAACCUUCUUCAUCUCAUUACAACGAAAAAAACACAACUAACACAGAGAGAUCUCAAAGUAAGUCCGAUCCCAAAAACAACAAUGGCGUCUCUCAAAGUCCCGAGCAAUGUCCCUCUCCCCGAAGACGACGCCGAGCAACUCCACAAGGCUUUCUCAGGAUGGGGUACGAACGAGAAGCUGAUCAUAUCAAUCCUAGCUCACAGGAACUCAGCACAACGCAGCUUGAUCCGCAGCGUUUACGCCGCUACUUACAAUGAGGAUCUCCUCAAGGCCUUAGACAAAGAGCUCUCUAGUGACUUUGAGAGAGCUGUGAUGUUGUGGACGCUUGAUCCAGCGGAGAGAGAUGCUUAUCUGGCCAAAGAAUCCACCAAAAUGUUCACCAAGAACAACUGGGUUCUCGUCGAGAUCGCGUGCACAAGGUCUGCUGUUGAGCUUUUUAAGGUCAAGCAAGCUUACCAAGCUCGCUACAAGAAAUCGCUCGAGGAAGAUGUUGCUCAACACACUUCCGGUGACCUCCGCAAGCUAUUGCUUCCUCUGGUUAGCACUUUCAGGUACGAAGGAGACGAUGUGAACAUGAUGCUCGCAAGAUCCGAAGCCAAGUUGCUUCACGAGAAGGUCUCUGAGAAAGCUUUCAACGAUGAUGACUUCAUCAGAAUCUUGACCACAAGAAGCAAAGCACAGCUCGGUGCUACUCUCAACCACUACAACAAUGAGCAUGGAAACUCCAUCAACAAGAACUUGAAGGAAGGUUCAGAUGAUGAUUACCUGAAACUACUAAGAGCUGCAAUCACGUGUUUGACGUACCCUGAGAAGCAUUUUGAGAAGGUUCUGCGUCUAGCUAUCAACAAAAUGGGAACUGACGAGUGGGGACUAACCAGAGUCGUGACUACACGAACUGAAGUUGACAUGGAACGCAUCAAAGAGGAGUAUCAGCGAAGGAACAGCGUUCCUUUGGACCGUGCCGUCGCUAAAGACACUUCUGGUGAUUAUGAGGACAUGCUUGUUGCUCUUCUUGGACAUGGGGAUGUCUGAAACUGAAACUGAUUCUAUUUCCCUUUUUAUUUUCAUGGUUUGUUUUGAAUAAAAAGUUGUGAAAACUGGUUCUGCAACUAUCUAUCAAUGCUAUUUGAGUUUGUUGAUUUGAA